AUGGCCGAGGCAGCAGCUCCUACACAGGGUGACGGCGGCGGCACUGAAGACGAGGCAGCAGGGGAUGGCGACAACAUCGACUCUGAUCCCGGCAUUGAGGAGGAGGAGGCUCAAGAUGGCGGCAGACGAUUUCGUGGACUCAACUUUAAAAAGAAUGGAUCGGCCUUGCAGACCAUGCACAUGCGGAUCGUCAAGCUCUCUACUGAACUUGCUUUGGUUCUUACCACGGAAACAGGAGGACGAUGGACUUCAACACGGCUUUCCGACUUGGCAGAGGAGUUGGUGGCUCUGAAUGACACAUACAAUAUCAUGAAAAAUCAGACCCAACAAAAACAGGAUGACGGGCAACGCCAAACAGCUGAGGUCGCCACUAUGAACGAGGAUGCUGUUGGUUCCGUAAUGAUGACAGGCGCCGAGUACAGAGCACUCCAGAGCCAAGGAAAAUCAACGACAGCAACAACAGCAACAGUAGACACGGUUGGAGUAUAUUGA